AUGAACACCGGGUUCGAGGUGGCCGAGGACUUGGCUUUCUACAGAGGACGGGUCCACGUCUGGAGCUCCGCGGUUCGGCCCGACCCGAAUUUCUUCUCGGCCCGCAUCCAGAGGACAAUCAAGCAGGUGGUGCAUGGCCGGAAAGUGGGCCUGAAAAUGAACACCGGGUUCGAGGUGGCCGAGGACUUGGCUUUCUACAGAGGACGGGUCCACGUCUGGAGCUCCGCGGUUCGGCCCGACCCGAAUUUCUUCUCGGCCCGCAUCCAGAGGACAAUCAAGCAGGUGGUGCGUUUCGUAUAUGAUGGGCUCACUGGAGAUUAA